AUUUUUCUGGCACCAUACUUUCGCACUCUCCCUCUCUUUAGCCUUUGCUUUCUGAACGCAGACUGUCUCUGUUCAUUCCUCGUCUUCGCAGUUCUCUCCUUCUGCUUUUCUUAUAACUCAUAUUCGAAGCACGAGUGCUCUGUACCCUUCAUAUUACCUAGCUGUCUCGUACUCUGUUUUCCUCUUAUCUCGGGUUUGAAGUUGUUUCUGCUCUUCCCCAUAAUUUUUUCUCCAAUCUGCUUAUUCUGUUUUCGGUAUUCGUAGUCUUGGUUUGGUCUUCUUUGGAAGAGAAAGAAACGUAUUGGUUUGGCCAAAAAGUUUUAAAAGCUGUAAAGAUGACGAAACAGAAUGUGCUAGCCUCUGAUACCAAAUCUCGUGUCAACCUGGCAAUUACUAUGGGCAUGUCGGAACAGUCAAUUUUCACCGCAGCAACGGCCGGCGGAUACAUUUCCAUUUCAACGCCGAAGAAGUUUCCUAAGAAGUAUCUGAAGAACCUUGAGAUCUGUAGGGAAGGAAGAAUAAGUGCUUGGGUUGACUCGAUGAGAGCUUGUUCUCCUACCCGUAUCAGAACCGCGCCUCCUUUGGCCGACCAUGACCAGAGUUCCUGGAUUGAUCACCAUCCAUCAGCCUUGGACAUGUUUGAGCAAAUCAUUGAUGCCUCAAAGGGAAAGCAGAUAGUAAUGUUUCUGGACUAUGACGGCACACUCUCUCCGAUAGUCGAUGACCCGGAUCGAGCUUUCAUGUCUGAUGCGAUGAGAAAGACGGUGAGAAAACUUGCGGCCUGUUUUCCCACUGCCAUUGUGAGUGGGAGGUGCAGAGAUAAGGUGUAUAGUUUCGUACGAUUAGCAGAGUUGUACUAUGCCGGAAGCCAUGGCAUGGACAUUAAAGGACCGGCAAAAGGCUCCAAAUACAAGAAAGGUAGUGCUCGUGGUGUUCAGUUCCAAGCCGCGAGUAAAUUUCUUCCGAUGAUCGACGAGGUUUACAAGCAGUUGGUGGAGAAAACUAAAGCAACUCCGGGGGCUCAAGUGGAGCACAACAAGUUCUGUGUCUCUGUUCAUUUUCGACGUGUUGAGGAAAAGAAAUGGAAUGAACUGGCCCAACAAGUUAGAUCGGUACUGAAAGGGUACCCAAAGCUUCGACUUACUCAAGGAAGAAAGGUGCUAGAAAUCCGUCCUACCAUAAAAUGGGACAAGGGGAAGGCUCUAGAAUUUUUGUUAGAGUCUCUUGGAUUUGCCAAUUGUACGGAUGUAUUUCCUGUUUACAUUGGAGAUGAUCGGACAGAUGAAGAUGCAUUCAAGAUGUUAAGAGAGAAAGGACAAGGUUUUGGCAUUCUCGUCUCCAAGUUCCCAAAAGAAACCAGUGCAUCGUAUUUUUUACGAGAACCAGACGAGGUUAUGGACUUUUUGAAACGCUUGGUCCAGUGGAAACGACCCUCCGUACGAGCACGGUUUUAAGGUGCAUGGAGUAAUAAUAAUAUGAAAAUAUGGCCAUCCCGGCCACCCUUCUAGGAAAUGUACAUGGGUGGAAAGACAACGCUACUGUGACAUUUUCUUGUCUUUGGCGUUGUACAUCUUGUAAACUACCUUUGUACGGGGGUGGAAAAACAAGUUCAACUUGAUUCAAAGAUCU